AUGGCCUUUGACCUGAAACUCGAGUGGCAGGGGCCCCUCCAGUUCGAGGCCCUCGUCCGCCGUGCUGCUGCUGUGGGUUUUGCUGCAGUAGCUGCCAACGUGUACAUACACCUGCCGCCUCCACGCAAGCAGCAGCAGCAGCAGCAGCAGCAGCCAGCAGCAGCAGCAGCAGCAAAUCUGGCCAAGGCCGUCAAGGAGGGGCUUCCUUUCCAGCACCCUCUCCGCGUCCCUUCCCCGCUGCCGCCGACUCGCCUACCAGCAGCAGCAGCAACAGCAACAGCAGCAGCAGCAGCAGCAGCAGCACCACUGCCAGCGACAGGAGCAGCAAAACAGCCGCUGUUGCAGUGGCUGCCCGACACUGCCCCCGCGCUAUACUCCCACGCAGCGCAGCCGCAGCCGCAGCAGCAGCAGCAGCAGGUCCCCGGGUGCGGCCGCGGGCCCCUCAGCAGCAAGCAGUGGGCAGACAUUUUCCCUUAUGCUGCAGCAGCAACAGCGGCUGUGCAGCAGCAGCACGCAGCAGCAGCAGCAGCAGCACCUUGUGAGCUGCUGCAGCUCCGCCGCGUGACAGUAGUGCUGGAGUGCACUGCUGCUGCUGCGAGCUUCAGCACCCUUUUCCCAAGAAAUCCCCCCUUCUACGCUGCAGCAGCAGCAGCAGCAGCAAACUCCCCAGCAGCAGCAGCAGCAGCAGCAGCAACACGGCAGGGCCCGUGCAUUGAGCUGCUGGCUGUGCAGCCCACAGAUGACGCGACGUGGCAGUUUGCCUGCAGCAGCUGCGAGUGCGACAUAAUAGCUAUCGACUUUUCUGCUGCUGCUGCUUCUGCUGCUGCUGCUGCUGCUGCUCCAGCAGCAGCAGCAACGCUGCCCUUCACCAUAAGGCGCAAACACGUGCUGCAAGCAGUGCGGCGCGGCAUUUUCUUUGAAGUAUCUCUUGCAGCCUUCCUGCAGCAGCAGCAGCAGCAGAAGGGAGCAGCAGCAGCAGCAACAGCAGCAGCAGCAGGGGGCAGCAGCAGCACGGACGCCCUCAAGAAUUUGCAGCGGCUGCUGCGGUUCGUGCCCUCGAGGCAGCUGCUGCUGUCCUCCGGUGCUGCAACGCCGCAGCAGCUGCUACCACCUGCUGCUGGUGUCGCUGCUGCUGCUGCACUGGGCAUCUGCAGCAGCAGCAAAGCCAACAUGAGCAGCAGAAGUGCAGCAGCAGCAAUUGGUCGAGGUGCUGCUUCCCACGCGCCUGGGGGAGCAGUGACACAGGGCUGGCCAGAAGCAGCGGCUACAGCAGCAGCAGCAGCAAACGGCUUUGCUGCUGCUGCUGCUGCUGCUAACAUGCCCCCAAUUGUAGUGCAGCAGCUGGAGGCUGUCCGGCAGCUGCUGCAGCAGCAACUCCAGUGUGCCUAA